AUGGCUGAAAAUGAAAUUGAGGAAAUGUUAGAUCACCUAAGAAGGAUCAAGAGUGAACGUGAUCUGUCUAGCGCCAGGAUUGAAAAAAUUAAGAAACUUGAAAUAGCGCUAAGAGUUUUGAGAACCUUUAUAAAGUGUCAUCAUGUUCUUUUUCGUGAUUCCUUAGUCAAACACAAAAAGAAUGCCAAAUUGACUAUGGCAAUGCUUCACCAGGUAUUGGAUGGGAUUCCAGAUGAAUGUAAAGCUAACCUUAAUCUGGAAAGGCUAGAAUCACAUUUGUUGGAAUUCAUGGAACGUGAUACCAUUUUAAAUAAUAAUUAUGAGUUGAAUGAUCUUGAUCUUGAUCUUGAUCUGUCAGAAUGUAUGGAUUGCCUCGAAAAGAAUCUAAAUGAUGUACUGAUACUCUGCCUGGAAUGUGUUAGGUCUGACCCUCCUGAAGAAAACCAUGAAAUACUCAGAUUUUUAAAGGAACUGAAAGUUGUUCAAAAGAAACUGAGAUUUUUGUCAUAUUUAUAUGCCACAGAGAUAAAUGGUUACGUCAACCAUGAGAAGCUGGGAUGUUUGGAGACUCGAAUUCAGUUCAUGGCUAACAAUGUGGGACAUUUUUGUCUUGCUUUUUCUGAUAUUAUAAAUGGUAUUGAUGAGGAUGAGGCCAAUGAAAUCUUUAAUACACCUCCUUAUCUAUUAUUCUUGAUUGUGUUAGUGGAGCUGGAAAUGAAGAAGAUUUUUCAGAGUGAACUAAAGGCUUCAAAGUUUACUCAUUCAAGAACUUUCAAGGACAAGAAAUUACCAAAAGGAUUUUCUCAUCAUCUCCACAAACUAUUGAUGUAUCUCAGAAAAGAAAAGCUCGAGAACUUUCUUGAUGAUGUCUCUGCUCAAAAUAUUGAUGUGGCAAUAGAGUUCUUGUUGGUCUUCCUUGAUGCUGAUGUGUCAAAUCAUGUUAUUAAUGGUAACUGGUUGAAUGAGGUUAUGGAAAAAGUUGGAGCUAUAGCAGGUGAUGUUCUAUAUGUCAUGGAAAAACUUCUUCCUAGCUCUAUAAACAGAGAUGACACUAGCAAAAUAAAUCUUUGCUCGUUACAAAUAUUGGAGAAAACUAAAGAUCUGAAGGCACAAGUGGAAACUUACUACAAAUCCUUGAAAUUUACUCCAUCUCAGUUCUCCACCUUUUGUGGAUUGAGCUAUCUGGAUUCUCUUUUAUGGAAAUUGAAUGAGAUGUCGAAAUCUAAAUCUGAUUUAGAUUUCUUGAUGAAACCUCUUUUUGGUAAUUUGGAGAAAGAGCUAUCAAGUCAUAUAUCCAUUUUAGAGAAGGAGCUCUCAUCUUUAUCAUCCAUUUUCAGAGAUGUUCUAAAGGUGCACCAUGAACAUAAAAUUCCUAAAAAUCUCCAAAGACGUACCAUCAAUUUGGCAUAUGAAGCUGAGUUUGCCAUUGACUCUAUUCAGUAUAAUGCUUUUUUGCAUAUUUUUUGCUCACUUCCUACAAUCUUAAAAGAGAUCAAGCACAUUAAUGCACAGGUGACUGAGAUGUGGUCAGCAGACGUUGCUCUUAAGCCUUGCUAUGUGGUAGCACUAUUUAAACACCUGCCAACUCAACAUAACAAUCCAGUGAUUGAUGAGGAGAUAGUGGGUUUUGGGAAAGACACAGAAAAAAUGAUUCAGUGUUUGAUUAGAGGUACAAAUGAGCUAGACGUCGUCCCAAUUGUAGGCAUGGGGGGACAAGGGAAAACGACAAUUGCUAGAAAGGUGUACAAUAGUGACAACAUUGUUUCUCAUUUUGAUGUUCGAGCAUGGUGCAUCGUUUCCCAAACAUAUAACCGGAGAACGCUAUUACAAGAGAUUUUUAGUCAAGUUACCGGUUCCAAGGACAAGGGGGAUAAGGAUGACAUCCUUGCUGACGAGUUGAGGAAAAUCUUAAUGGGCAAGAGAUAUCUCAUUGUAUUGGAUGAUAUGUGGGAUUGUAUGGCAUGGGAUGACUUGAGGCUUUGUUUUCCAGACGUUGGAAAUAGAAGCAGAAUAGUAGUAACAACGCGACUUGAGAAAGUGGGUGAGCAAGUCAAGUACCAUACUGAUCCUUAUUCUCUUCCAUUCCUCACAACAGAAGAGAGUUGCAAAUUAUUGCAGAAAAAAGUGUUUCAAAAGGAAGAUUUCCCCCCUGGACUACAAGAUGUAAGUCAAGUAGUUGCAGAAAAAUGCAAAGGACUGCCUCUAGUGGUUGUCUUGGUAUCUGGAAUAAUAAAAAAAAGGAAAAUGGAAGAAUCUUGGUGGAAUGAGGUGAAAGAUUCUUUAUUUGACCUUAUUGAUUGUGAGUCCGAAGACUAUAGUCCGGCUACAAUGAAGUUGAGUUUUGAUAACUUAGCAGAUUGUUUAAAGCCUUGUCUUCUUUAUAUGGGGCUGUUUCCGGAGGAUGCAAUAAUUCCAGUGUCUAAAUUGAUAAGUUUAUGGAUAGCGGAAGACUUAGUGGUGAACACUGAAUCUGCUAAAGAUUACUUGAUGGAUCUCAUUAGCAGUAAUGUGGUGAUGGUUUCAAGGAGAAGAUACAAUGGAAAAGUCAAAUACUGUCAGGUUCAUGAUGUAGUGCUUCACUUUUGCUUGGAGAAGAGUAGAGAAGAAAAGUUUAUUUUGCCUGUUAAGGGAAAUUUUAGCCAAUUUCAACCUUGUGAUUGGAAGGUAAGUCGAGUGAACUUCAAUUUGAGUGGAGAUCAUUCCAAGUUUGCUUCUCUGGGAUCCAAAACACGGAAGCGUUUUCAUCAACCGUUGAGGUCACUAAUAGCGAACGGAGAAGCUUUUGAUGGGAUUGACUUAUGGUCUUGGAUUCAUAAAUUCCGACUUCUAAAGGUCUUGGAUUUGAGUUCCCAUAAUGCGUAUAAUUUGUCGACAGCUACAAUGAAACCACUGAAUCACCUGAAGUACCUCGCAGUUGAGGCAAAUAUAUUCGAUUUUCAUCCAGAAUCACAUCCCCAUCUUGAAACUUUAAUUGUGAAUACUUUUCAUUCAUUUAUGUUACCAGCGUCUUUUUGGGAAAUGAAAAAAUUAAGGCAUGUUGAGAUUAAGAGAGCUGAAUUUGAUUGGGAAGGGGAUAAGAAAGGUCACUUUGAAGGAUCCUCUAAAUUGGAAAAUUUGACGAUAUUAAAGAAUAUUGUUAGCUUUCCAAUUGCUGAAGCAGAUAGGGUGGAUGUGUUAUUAAGGAGGUGUCCUAAUCUUCAACAACUUCACUUCAGCCUUGGGAGCGAUUUUGAUAUUAUAGAGUCUUUUUGUCUCACAUUGAAGAAUCUUACCCAGCUUCAAGACCUUUGCCUUUCCUUUAAGCAGUGGCACACUUUAACUGGGUUACAAUUGCCUUCAAAUUUAAACAAGUUUGUACUUGAAGGAAUUCAUAUAGAAAGUGCUAUUCCCUUCAUUGUAGGACUGCCAAGCCUGGAGUAUCUCCAAUUAGAAGAAUGGUAUUUGACAGAAGGGGAACCAAUUUUUCCUCAAUCAGAAGAGUGGUGCCUUGGAGAUAUCACGUUCCAUAAACUUAAGUUGUUGAAACUGGUGAACUUAGAGAUCUCAUGGUGGGAUGCCUCGGAGGAAUCAUUUCCCCUGCUUGAAACACUUGUUAUAAAAAAGUGUAGUAACCUAGAGGAGAUCCCCCUUAGCUUUGCAGAUAUUCCAACACUGAAACAGAUUAAGUUGAUUGACUGCUACAAUGAAUCUCUGAUGGAUUCAGCUGAGAGGAUUAAGAAAGGUGUUGAAGAGACUGAAGGAAACGACCGUAUUGACCUCAUUAUCAAAGUAAGUAGAAACAAACUCCUAUGUUUUGUUUUUAAGUAUCUGCCUGCAUCUAACUUGACAACAAUAUGUGUAAUACAGAAUUCUUAG